AUGAACUGCAAGAUCGAGGCCUUUCCUCGAAGGUGCCGCAGAGACUUGCCGCCAGUGAUCGUGGUGGGCUGGUCGGGCGCCUUCGAGGAAAACCCCCCACAAUGCCAAAAGUCGUCGAGAACAUGCAACUUGGCUUUGCUGGCUGUCGCACCGCUUUCCGAAGGUGUUGCCAGGUGGCUGACGUGCAGUGGUAGUGUUCCCGGCCGAGAACUACGCGACCAAUAUGAAGUGCUCUGCUUGGGUCUCACGGGUGCAGGCAAGUCUACAGCCCUGGCCACUCUUGUGGGGGAGCCCUGGGAUGCCCUUGAACCUACAACGGGCUUCAACAUCAAGACGCUGCCAGUCAACGACACUGUGCUCAAUAUCAAGGAACUAGGUGGCUCAGUACGUCCGUUCUGGCAGGAGUAUUUCGGGGAUGCACAUGGAGUGCUGUUUGUACUGGAUGCUGCUGCCAGCGAGAGCUCUUUACAGGAGUCUCGUCAGACUUUGGCCGAAGUGCUUCCACAGCUGAAAGGGCGCCCUUGUGUUGUGCUGGCUACUCACGCUGAUCUUUCAGGCUGUGCUACUCAAACACAGGUGGAGCAGCUGCUUGAAGGCCUGAUGCAUGGUCGUAAGUCGGCGGUGUUGUCUUGUUCCCGGGGCCAGCGUCAGGAGGUGCUCAAGGCGCUCGAAAUGCUUACUGGCUACAUGACAGCAUCCAUCAAGUAGCAUCGAGCCACAGAUGCACCUGUAUGAAAUGCUCAAGGGCGGUGCUUGGCCUUACCCCCCACCGUACCGACAAAUGUGCUGCGAACAGAUGUAUUUCUCACCACCCUGACCAUCGUCCUCUGGCACUGUUGUGUUCCCUGUGGCAAAACUCACUGGUAGUUUCCUUUUAUACAACUUAUCCAUCCAGAAAUGACACCUGGGUUCUCCAUACCCGACACAUGGGGUGCCCUUCUGGCUCCAAAGCGACUUGCCUCGUUUUCUUCUGAACAGAACUUCCUGCCAUCAGUGCUGCCAAAGCUUGACAUCUCAUCUGCCUGUCGAAACGUGUGGGUGGUGGCAAGACAUAUGCAACGAGAUUACAGGGUGCACACAGUGAGUCUUUGUAACAAACAGCUCCUUACUUUCGUCUGCUGCCACUUGGGACAGACUGAAGCACGAUGCUGGUACAUGUAAGCACUCACUAGCAAGUGCUUUGGUAGGAUUUACCAAUGUGUCGUUGGGUAGAGACAGGCAGCCAUGCAAGGAAGACAUAGCCUGACCUAAGUGGCUCUGUUGUCAUAGUGACUAUAUUGGGUUUUACCAUGAACGCCUCGUUUGAGCACUAUACCACUCUGCAUAGCGUUCGCCGUUGCACUGAGUGUUAGAUGACGCCAGACGAGUGGUAAUGGGUAGCUGUGCAUUGACAAUGAUGUGUUAGAAGCGAGAUAUUUUUAAAUAUGUUUGUACCAAAUCAAUAGACAGUGCAAGAAAUGUCGCACUGUAACCAUUUCCUCAAAGUGGCCAGUCAAGCAUUGCAACAGAUGCGCCCCCCUCACGAGCUCAACGUGUUCCCACCUUCUGAAGCUGUAUGCUUUUCAAAAAGCCUGGUGGCAUUGUUUCGAGCAAUGAAUAUUGUUUGAGUGGUCUUAAUGUUGUACUCGGUAAUUGCUACGGCAUGCAGUUGUGAUAGUUCCAUUUGAAGGCCCUACAGACAUCGGCAUCAACUACGUGUCACCGUGUGCCCAGGCACAGCUGUAGUGUUUUAUUCCUAGCCAACUUUUGUGAAGAGUGUGCAUGCGAGCACAUCUUACAAGCCAACCCAAAAUGUGUGCUCACGUGUACUGCAUUGCAGCCAUUCGUCUGCUCUUGAAGCAAGCCUGCAGGUUUGGCUUGUAUGCAUUUGACCUGCGGCUCACUGUUUGUUGUCACGCACACUGUUUUGUCAUUGCACAAACCUUUACCUGGCUUGCAUGCCUCCCCUGUGUAUUGUGUUCAUGCUGUGUGGUAAAACAGCACACCAAAGAUUGCAACUGGGCAUACGUGCUACUGCCAUGGGAAAGCAGUGCUAACAGUUUUCUUUUGUGUGUAUAUGUGUAAUGCUUGUAUGUCACAGUUUUGUUUGGUGCUUGAAAUUCGUUUAGCCUUGGUACAACACACUAAGUAUUAUAAAACGCUGAGCUUUUAUCCUGGUUAUUGCUACAAUCCAGAAUACUCUCUAGAGCUCUAAGACAUUGCUGUGAAGAAGCCCUCUAUUGGACUUGUGCUUCUUCAGGCUUAUUUGUUUAUUUGUGAGUGUUGGAGAACUCAAACUAGCACAUGAAAAUGGCUCUGUGCAAUGUUUUCUCAGAAGCUUGUAUUUCUGUUUGCAGGCAACAUCAACUAAAUGUUGGAUAUGUUAAUUGAAAGUGAAAACUUGGCUAGUUGGUAUGGAUUGCACAUCUUGCGAAAGGAGCUACAGUAAAAGCUCGUUAGUUCGAACUCGGUUUAUUCUAACUUUUACAGUUCAUUCAAACUGACGCCCCAGUCCCAGCACAGUCCAGUGUAUAUCUGUGGGGCAAAACUCCCGCGGAUUCGAAGUGUUUAUAUCGACAACAGGUAAUUUAAACUGAGAGACCCUGGUAUUCGUUGCUCCUCGCAUAAGUCGACCCAGAAUGAUCACAAUUUGUUACAAAACCAAACCAGACCUGCUUCAGAUGCGAAAACAAUAAAACAACAGCAUUUCUCCUCCAAGGAAAUUCAGCCGCUGUGCUGGAAUUCGUGUGCAAGCGGAGAACGAUGCUUAUAGAGUCGCUACAAGAGAAAUGCAAUUUACUGAUUACGUUUAAUUUUCAUUGAAUUAACCCUGCCAUGUAUUAAUACAGUAAAAUAUUGUUAAUUAGAACUCGAUUAUUUUGUAAUCUAACUUAAUUUGAAGUAUUUUUGUGUUCCCAUAUUUUACAAUCUAAGUUUGAGCGGAUAAUUUGAAGCGGUGGUCAGCACAUGUACGGUUAAUUCGAAAACUUUGGGUGCAGUGUGCCAAUUCUCAAUUCUGAUUUCGCCGCGAAUCCGCGGAAAGGACGGUCCUUAAGAACCACUAGGCAAUGUGCUUUAGCGAUAAUAAUUAGUGAUAGCUGAAGCACCCCUGCCUUGCCACUUCCAGCGCGAAAAAAAAAAGAAAAAGAAAAGCGGUCUCAUGAUCAAUUAAAAUAAACGCCUGUGAAAAACAAGGCAUGCUUCACUGCAAUACACCAGUGACAUGUGGGCAGUGUGUUGCAUGAUUUCUCGCAACGUCAUCGCGUCACAGCUUAUUCAUUCUUUCUGGAAAUUUUCGCACCUGAAAGGGGGGGGAAGAUCUUUCUGCUAAUUAAAUGAAGUUUGUUUCAUCAUCAUCAUUCUGGAAAUUAAAGAAAUUAAUAAAGGUCAGUCUGGAGAAAUCCAUAAUGUAUGCGUACCUGCGAGUGCCGGUUGCUCCAGCAAUUUGCGCACUUGCACUGUUGACAGAGCUCUUGCCUGUAACGCCUACUUCGAAAACUCGGGCUGAAAGCUUCAAUAGUGAUGUUUUUCAGCCAAACAAAACAUCGCGAAUUUCGUCACACUGUCCGUAUAAAAAUUAUUUUACGAAAAACAAUGGGCGAAUGGUUGCAUUAUGACGUGCUGACGCUUCGAGAAGCAGGCGACAUGCUUCCUGCAGGUCACUACUCUAUUGCAGUGAAAAUGUCUUGUUUUUCGCGGGUCAAAAUAUUUUAGUUGAUCACAUUUUUUUUUCUUGGUGGCGGGGGUUAGGCUCGGAAUUCCCCCUUGUUUGCGGCAAAAUUGUGUUUCCAGGUAUUGCUGGAAAACACAACCCUUGCAGCCACAAACUAGCCGGCACAGCAAACGACCAGCCCUGAUUAAUUUGAAUAAUUGUAAGUUUCUAGCAUAUCAUUUUGUAUGUUCUGUUAAUUGGAAAACCCACUUGAAUAGAGAAUUUCUCAUGGUCCCAGUGACUUCAAAUUAACGAGGUUUUACUGUAAAUGUGUUUUGAAGCAUAAAUAUCGCCAUAUACUUCAACAAUAUGGCUCAGUGCUCACAUGAAUGCAUAUCCGCACUCAUUUCUGGUUAAUCAUCGACUGGUCAAUCGAUUCUGUUUAAUGUUAGAGCUACAUACACUCAAUUUUACGAAAUCAGCUGCGAGAAACAUGUAGUGGCACAUAACUUACGAUAAAGGUUGUGUAAUGUAAUGCUAAUUUGGUUGUCAUGAUUACAUGAAUAAUUUUAUUGCUAGCAUGUAUAAAUAUUGUAUAGUAUUUCUUGUAACUAUUGUGAUAUUGCAUUAGUACAGGCAUUGUAUAAAUUCUGCAGAAACUCUUACGCUCACGCUGUAUGCCAUCUAAAACAUGGACUCGAGGCUUCUCAAGUGGAUAGAUCCACUUUUUCUCGAGCUCUCUCGUGUUCCACAUUACGCAAACUUGUGGGCGAAAUCAUGUUUGUUUGAUUUGAAUGAGUCAGAAGUGACUUCUUUGGGAUCUGCCCAGGCAGCGUGGCGUGAUUUUUGUUCAUUCUAGCACCCACCUGUUAAUUCAGACACUUAAUUGAAACAAUUGUAUACUCCUCUCUGAGUUCGAAUUAACGAACUUUUACUGUACAUGUCACAGAGUGGAGUGUUGCAAUAUGUCACUGCAAGAUCCCUUGUUGGCUUCCUAUUUUUCUUGAGUGAAGAUGGUAUAUUAAAGGACUGAAAUAAUAAUGUGCAGA